CAGAGUGUGAGAGGGAAGCCGCGCCUCCAGCACCUGAGGGCGCAGGUCAGACCUCUUCUCCUUCGUCUCCAUCACUUCAGCACCGACAGCAGGUGACCAUGCAGCCCGGCCUGACACACCUGAGCCACUGCCUGCUGUGGCUGCUUUUUCUGCAAACCUCCGCGGAUCUGCCCAUGUGCAAAGAGUCAGAUUAUCACUUUGAGUACACAGAGUGUGACGUCCUCGGGUCGAGAUGGAGAGUUGCAGUUCCCAACAAAGCCGACAUAUGCACGGGCCUCCCAGAUCCAGUCAAAGGGACUCAGUGCACGUUCUCUUGUAAUGAGGGGGAGUAUCUUGAUAUGCAGUCACAGCAGUGUCAGAAAUGUGCUGCGGGCACCUACUCUCUGGGCACCAGCGUGGCCUUUGACGAGUGGGACAGCCUGCCGACUGGUUUUGUCACUCACGGCGCGAUAACGAAUGAGGGGAAUGACCAAACGGAUUGCUCCAACUCAACCUGGACACCAAAGGGUGACUACAUAGCCUCAAACACAGAUGAAUGCACUGCGACGCUGUCCUACGCCGUGAACCUGAAACAGCCUGGAAGUCUGUCCUUUGAAUAUUUCUAUCCUGACACCAGCAUCUACUUUGAGUUCUUUGUUCAGAAUGACCAGUGUCAGUCGACAGACUCUAACAGCCGGUGGAUGCGGAUCUCAGAGAGCAGCUGGAGCAAAUACACGGUCGAACUAAAUAAGGGCAACAAUGUGUUGUACUGGCGAACUAUAGCAUACUCCCUGCAGGGCAGUGCUGUCAAACCUGUGCUGCUGAGAAACAUUCAGAUAUCAGGGGUGGCCUACACAUCAGAGUGUUUCCACUGUAAACCCGGCACCCACAGUGCAAACCCAGGGUCCGCACGUUGUACCCCCUGCCCCGCUGAUACCUACUCCAAUAAGGGUGCCACUACUUGCCAUGAAUGCGAGGAAGAUAAAUACGCAGUCGUCGGUUCAGCGAGCUGCAAACCGAGACCUGCAUGUACAAGCAGUGACUACUUCUACACCCACACCCCCUGUGACUCUGAGGGAAAGACUCAGCUCAUGUACAAAUGGAUCGAGCCUAAGAUCUGCAGUGAGACUGUCGAAGGAGCACUGAAGCUUCCCGCGUCAGGGGAGAAGCAAACCUGUCCGCCAUGCAACCCGGGCUUCUUUGUCUCCAACUCCUCCACCUGUGAGCCCUGUCCCAGCGGAUCCUUCUCUAAUGGCACAGUUUGCACCGAGUGCCCUGCUGGCACAGAACCGGUGGUGGGCUUUGAGUACAAAUGGUGGAACAAGAUGCCAGCCAACAUGAAGAGCACCGUCUACAAUCAAGUGUUCAGUGACUCUAACCGGCGUACUGCGUGGGAGGUGGCUGGAGAGUAUAUCUACACCACCCCCGGGGAUCAGGACACAGACUAUUUAAUGCUCACGCUCAGUGUCCCUGGAUACAGGUUGCCUCAGUCCAUGGUCAAAGACGCUGAGAGGAGUGAGCUAUCUCGCAUCACCUUCGUCUUUGAGACCAUUUGUACAGCUGACUGUAAACUUUACUUCCUGGCGGGAUACAAUCAGUGGAACAACGAUGUGGUGGAGCGUUGGAAUGGCAGAAACCACAAGCAGUCAUACUCCUACUUGAUCCAGAGCAACAGCACCAUCAGCUUCACCUGGACGUUUAAGCGAACAGAUGGCACGGAGAGGAACUACAGCGCAGAUGCUGCAAAGAUCUACUCCAUCGUCAUCACCAACGCCAUCGGAGGCGUGGCCACGAAGUGUCGCCGCUGCGCUCUGACGUCUGUUAAGGCCGGCUCUGCCUGUGUUCUCUGCCCACCGGGACACUACAUGGUCAACGGGACAGGAGCGUGUCAGAAGUGCCCGCCAAACACCUUCAUUAGGACUGAUCAGCCAGUUGGGGAAGCUGCUUGUAUUCGGUGUGGGCCAAACACAACGACAAACAAGGCCUAUACAGCUUGUCUCAGUGACUGCAUACUGGAUUUGCGCACAAGCAAAGGAGCGCUGCUGCACUACGAUUUCUCUCCUUUGGCCAACGUCACCAGCGUCCAUAGCAGCCCCCGCUUCACCAGCAAAGGCCUGCGGUACUUCCAUCGCUUUAAUCUGGGCCUGUGUGGGACAGAGGGCCGAAUGCCAGCUUCCUGUGUGGAUAACGUAACAGAGAGUGGGAGAGAGGUCAAAGGUUAUGUCUGUCAGUCCACUGUGGUUCCCUCUGACAUCAGGAGUCAGAGCCUUGUGUCCUCACAGCCUUUCCUUAUUGGUGACUCACUCAUUGGUGUAACCACUGAGACGACACUUGGUAACAUCUCUUCUCCACAGUGGAUGUUCCCUGCAGCAUUGGGCCUGCCCGAUGUUCUAUUCUAUUACAAGUCCAGUGACGCAACUCAGUCUUGUCAACAAGGCCGGUCAGCUACAGUCAGGAUGAGAUGCGAUCCCACAGUGACCGCUAAAAAUCGCAUCAUGCUGCCAAGUAACUGUUCAGAGGGGACAUGCGAUGGUUGCACUUUCCACUUUCUGUGGCAGAGCCAGCAUGCGUGUCCACUCUGCACUAAAAACCACUACAGAGAAAUCGUCAGUGCUUGCAUCCAGGGAAUACAGAGAACCACCUAUGUGUGGCAGCAGCCUGUGCAGUGUUACGGAGGACAGCCGCUGCCUGCACAAAAAGUCAGCGCUUGCGUGACUCUGGAUUUCUGGCUCAAGUUUGGUGUUUCCACUGGAGCCGUUGCUGCUGUGUUGCUCAUCAGUCUCAUCUGUUAUUUUUGGAAAAAGACACGCAAGCUGCAGUAUAAAUACUCCAGGCUGAUGAUGACCUCUGGGGGUAGGGAGUGCGAGCUGCCCACCGCAGACAGCUGUGCAAUAAUGGAGGGAGAGGAUGCAGAGGACGACCUCAUGGACCUCACCAAGAAAUCCUUUUUCACCAAAAUUAAGUCUUUCUCACGCGAGAGAACAUCUGACGGAUUCGACUCGGUUCCCCUUAAGUCAUCAUCUUCACGCCAGCGACUAGUAGAGGAAGACUCUGAUGAUGAAAUUGAGCAGAUCACUCUACCAAGGCACAGAGGAAGUGUUCAGAUGUAGACGUUUUAGCUUCAGAGCGGCUUUUUCUGUCAGAAAAAGUUAGACUGUUGAUGCAUGUUAGUUAAUAAGAUAUUUGCAUUACUGAAGAGAAUGUAGAGACAUACUUUUGAGGAUGUCUUGAAAGUUUUUAGAACUAAACAGAGACCGAAAUAUUUGUUAUUGGUCCGAAAAUGUAAAGACUGAGAAUUUGUUCGUAAU